CGCGCUGGGAGGCUGCACGCUGCCGCCGCCACCCGGAGCAUCUGCCGCCCGAGCUGCUGCCCGUGGUCCGGGGCCCGGCCAUGGAGACGCUGAAUGGUCCCGCGAGCGGCGCUCCGGACGCUAAGCCGCAGCCGCCCGGUCAGCACCACCGCCACCACCACCUCCACCCGCUGGCCGAGCGGAGGCGGCUGCACCGCGCACCCUCGCCCGCCAGACCGUUCCUCAAGGACCUGCAGGGCCGCCCCGCGGCUCCCGGCCCGGCUCCGGCCGUCCCCUCCGCCGGCCGAUCCCCGGCGCCCGCCGCCCCGCGUUCGCCCAGCCUCGCCGGCAAGGCAACGCCCUCGCCUGGGACCCUGGCCGCGCCCGGCCGCCUCUCCCGGCGCAGCGGCGGCGCACCCGGCGCGAAGGACAAGCCGCCGCCGGGCGCCGGGGCCAGGACAGCGGGUGGUGCCAAGGCCGCUCCGGGCCCCAGAAGGGCGGCUCGCGCGGCGCUCGCCGAGUCGCUGCCCCGGGCUGGGAAACUGCCGCCGCCGCCGUCGCCUGGGCCCUCCGAGCCUCUCCACGCUGCUGCUAAGGGCCGCAAAACGAAGCGCUGCUCCGCGGCACCCCCAGCCCGCGCUGCCGGGCCCCCGACCCCCGCCGCCCCGGUCCCUGCGGUGGUCCUCGCCGUGACCUCCGCGACCGGCACCCCUGCCCCUGGUUCCCGCAUCAGCCACACGGACAGCAGUUCGGACCUCUCGGACUGCCCCUCCGAACCCCUGUCGGACGAGCAGCGCCUGCUUCCCGCCGCCAGCAGCGACGCCGAGUCCGGCACGGGGUCUAGCGACCGAGAACCCCUGCGAGGAGCCCUAGGGACGAAUCCCGCGGCUCGGGGAGCGCCCCUAGUCAGCCCCGAGCCCCCCGCACUCCUCGCCGCGCCCCCCGCCGCCAGCGCUUUUCUUGCGGGUCGGAGCAGUCCGGGCGGGGUCCCCGCAGGGUCCCCGGGGCCCAGCGGGGCGGAGGAUGCCAGGGGGCGCGCGCCAUCAGAGCGGGUGGUCUCCGGGACCCCCAAGGAGCCCGGCGCGGGCGAGCCGCCGCGACUGGUUCCGGCGGUGGAGGAGGAGGAGCUGCUGCGGGAGAUCGAGGAGCUGCGCUCGGAGAAUGACUAUCUCAAGGAUGAGCUCGAUGAACUCCGGGCUGAAAUGGAGGAGAUGAGGGACAGUUAUUUAGAGGAAGAUGUUUACCAGCUGCAGGAGCUUCGGCGAGAACUGGACCGUGCUAAUAAAAACUGCCGAAUCCUGCAGUACCGCCUCAGGAAAGCCGAGCAAAAAAGUCUGAAAGUGGCAGAGACUGGUCAAGUGGAUGGUGAACUUAUCCGAAGUCUGGAACAGGACUUAAAGGUAGCCAAAGAUGUAUCUGUCAGAUUGCACCAUGAACUUGAAACUGUGGAGGAAAAGCGCGCUAAAGCUGAAGAUGAAAAUGAAACCCUCCGACAGCAAGUGAUUGAAGUGGAAAUAUCCAAGCAGGCCCUCCAAAAUGAACUGGAGAGAUUGAAAGAGAGUUCCCUGAAAAGAAGAGGCAGUCGGGAAACAUACAAAGAAAAGAAAACCUUUAACCAGCAGAGUGGUGGAACGGAGCGCCUUGGGAACUGCAGGUCUGCAACCAAAACCCAAAGGAAACUGGCACCCCGGCGCAAGGAUGACAGUGCUGAUUUGAAGUGCCAGCUUCAGUUUGCCAAAGAGGAAGGUUCCCUGAUGCGCAAAAAGAUGGCCAAGCUGGGGAGGGAGAAGGAUGAGUUGGAGCAGGAGCUCCAGAGGUAUAAGGCCCUGUAUGGUGACGUGGACAGCCCUCUGCCCACAGGGGAAGCUGGCGGACCUCCCAGCACCAGGGAAGCCGAGCUGAAGCUGCGGCUGAAGUUGGUGGAGGAAGAAGCCAACAUCUUGGGCCGAAAGAUUGUGGAGCUGGAAGUGGAGAACAGAGGCCUCAAAGCGGAGAUGGAGGACAUGCGGGGCCAAUAUGAGCGAGAGGGCCCAGGCCGGGACCACAUCCCAAGUAUUCCUACCUCACCCUUUGGUGACUCCCUGGAGUCCUCGUCGGAGCUCCGCCGACACCUGCAGUUUGUGGAGGAGGAAGCAGAGCUUCUUCGAAGAUCCAUAUCUGAGAUCGAAGACCACAACCGGCAGCUGACCCAUGAGCUAAGCAAGUUCAAGUUUGAGCCACGGCCAGAGCCUGGGUGGCUGGCGGAAGGUGGAGGCAAGGGCACAGGUGGCGGGGCCCCCCUGCAGGAGGAGCUGAAGUCUGCCCAGCUGCAGAUCAGCGAACUGAGCGGGAAGGUGUUGAAGCUACAAUAUGAGAACCGGGUGCUGCUGUCCAAUGUCCAGCGCUAUGACCUGGCCGCCCACCUAGGCCUGCGUGCCCCAAGCCCCCGAGACAGUGACGCUGACAGUGACACAGGCAAGAAGGAGAGCGAUGGGGAGGAAGGCCGCCUACCCCAGCCCAAGAGGGAGGGCCCCAUUGGUGGUGAAAGUGACUCGGAAGAGAUGUUCGAGAAGACGUCAGGCUUCAGCAGUGGAAAGCCAUCGGAGGCCAGCGAGCUGUGUCCGGCAGAGGUCCUGAGGGCCAGGGAGGACUCCGAAUGCUUGGUGAGCAUAAAGCAUGAGGCCGAGCGGCUAGAACGGACCAUGGAGAGCCUCAUCAUGGACACCAAUGGCUUUGUGGAUGACCUGGCCUUGCCGGGGCCUGGUGUUCAGGGGGAGGGGGGCAAGAAGGAGCCCCAUCUUCUGGGGACCAUCAAUGCCAGGAUGAAGGCUUUCCGGAAAGAGCUCCAGACCUUCCUGGAGCAGGUGAACAGGAUUGGGGAUGGCCUAAGGGAGCGCCUGGAAGGCUUGUCCCCCUUGCCCCACCUCACGGAGUCUUCCAGCUUCCUCUCUACUGUGACCUCUGUGUCCCGGGACUCCCCCGUCGGGAACCUGGGGAAGGAGCUGGUCCCAGACUUGCAGUCCAAACUGAGAGAUCAGAUGGAGUGGCAGCUGGGCGUGGAGCGAGGGACCGAGCGGGAGCACCUGCACCUCCGAGCCGCGCGGGAGCUGCACCGUCGAGCCGACGGGGAUGCCAGGAGCUGCAGGCCGGGAGGCCAGAGCUGUUUCAAUCUAGAGAGUGUAUCGCUAGAGGACCUACAGGGUCAGCUUGCACAGGCGACCAGACUGCAUCAAGAGGAGACAGAGAGAUUUACAAACAAGAUCCGAAAGAUGGAGGAGGAGCACCUCUAUGCCUUAAGGUGGAAAGACCUGGAAAUGCACAGCUUGGCUUUGCAGAACACCCUCCAUGAGCGAACCUGGAGUGAUGAGAGGAAUCUGAUGCAGCAGGAGCUCCGGUCCUUGAAGCAGAACAUUUUUCUUUUUUACGUCAAGCUCAGGUGGCUGCUGAAGCACUGGCGACAAGGGAAACAGAUGGAGGAGGAAGGAGAGGGUUUCACUGAGAGCGAGCACCCAGAGCUCCACCCCAGACUUGGUGAGCUUGCAGUCCAGGGGGACCUACAAGGGGACAGCCCAGACCAGGAGGACGACGGUCCAGGCUGUGGCUCUUCAGUAGGGGAGCGCUCUCCACUCUCCCCUGUGCAGGUCGCUGGCCACGGAUCCCGACUGCAGCCUGCAGAUGGAGGGCAGCUCCACAGGCAGGUGGUGGAAAACCAGCGGCUGUUCUGCGCGCUGAAGACCUUGCUGGAGGACUUGCGCUCGGAGCUGCGGGAAGACGAGCAUGCCCGGCUGCAGCUGCAGCAGCAGUACGCCAGCGACAAGGCUGCCUGGGACGUGGAGUGGGCCGUGCUCAAGUGCCGCCUGGAACAGCUAGAAGAGAAGACUGAGAAAAACUUGGGCGAACCAGACCCCACCACUGACAGCAGAGGGGCAUUCAAGAAAGAGAGGGAGAUACACCAGAAGCUCCUUGCUGACAGUCAUGGCCUGGUCAUGGACCUGCGCUGGCAGAUGCAUCACAGUGAGAAGAACUGGAACCGGGAGAAGGUGGAUCUUCUCGACCGUCUGGACAGAGAGCGGCAGGAGUGGGAGCGGCAAAAGAAGGAGCUCUUGUGGAAAAUAGAACAGUUGCAGAAAGAAAACAGUCCCCGGAGAGGUGGAAAUUUCCUCUGUGAUCAAAAAGAAGGCAACAUGCGCCCCUUUGCUCCCCCGGGAAGCCCCCGCAUGCCUCGACCUAUGGGGAUGUGGCCCUGCUCGGACCCGGACUCUACCCCUUUUGAAGACCGGCCGCUCUCCAAGCUGAAGGAAUCGGACAGGUGUUCAGCCCGGGAGAACCUCUACUUGGAUGCCUUGUCUUUGGAGGAAGAGCCAGAUGAGCCUCCAGCCCACGGGCCCCAGAGAGAGUUCAGGAACUGCCUCCCUGAGGAAGAAGAAAAUCACAAGGGAAAUCUUCAAAGGGCUGUGUCCGUGUCCUCCAUGUCUGAGUUCCAGCGCCUGAUGGACGUCUCUCCCUUCCUGCCAGAGAAAGGCCUGCCCGCUGCCAGCAGCAAGGAGGACAUCACUCCACCCCUGUCCCCUGAUGAUCUGAAGUACAUCGAGGAGUUCAACAGCAAGAGCUGGGAUUCAAGGCCCCCAGACUCCUGGGCAGAGAGGACCGAGGCGGGGCGAGCAGGAAGCGAGGCCAGUGCCGAGCCUUUCCCAGACUCCUCCUGGUACCUCACCACAAGCGUCACCAUGACCACGGACACCAUGACCAGCCCAGAGCACUGCCAGAAGCAGCCCCUGCGGAGCCACAUCCGCACUGAGCCGUCCGGGGUGCGGGUGCUGCACAGCCCACCUGCGGUCCGCAGGAUGGACAACAUCAUGGUGGCCGGUGGUGAGGGUUUGGGCCGGCUGGAGGCCGAGGGUCCAUUUUCUACAAGCAGAGCCAGAGGGGGCACAGGAGAUGCGAAGGGGGGCCCCUCAGAACACAUGUUUAGCAAGUGGCCUUGUGCCCCCUCCAGGCACCCCCGAGACUAUGGGGAGGGAGGGCUGCGCCCCCUCGAUAGCACCCUCUGCAACCCCCUGGGUUUCACCUCCCCACUGCACAGCCUGGAGAUGUCCAAGAACAUGAGUGAUGACAUGAAGGAGGUGGCCUUCUCCGUCAGGAAUACCAUCUGCUCUAGUUCCCCUGAGCCCCCAGUCAAGGACAUGGCCUGUCAGACCAAUGUGUCCCGGACGACUGGGACACAGACUGUCCAGACCAUCAGCAUCGGCCUGCAGACCGAAGCCCUGCGCAGCAGCAGUGCCAUCACCAGCAGCCCCCACAAGUGUCUGACGCCAAAGGCAGGGGGUGGUGCCACACCUGCAUCAUCUCCAUCCCGUGGCCUUAGGAGCAGGCAGGUGGCCCCUGCCAUCGAGAAGGUUCAGGCCAAGUUCGAACGCACAUGCUGCUCCCCCAAGUAUGGGUCUCCCAAGCUCCAGAGGAAGCCCCUCCCCAAAGCUGACCAGCCAAAUAACAGGACCUCUCCAGGGCUGGCCCAGAAGGGGUGCAGUGAGUCAGCCUGGGCCCGCUCCACUACCACGCGGGAGAGCCCUGUGCACACCGCCAUCAACGAUGGCCUCUCCAGCCUCUUCAACAUCAUUGACCACAGCCCCGUGGUGCAGGACCCUUUCCAGAAGGGGACGCGGGCUGGGAGUCGGUCUCGCUCGGCAGAGCCCCAUACAGAGCUGGGCCCAGGCCAGGACACCAGCCCCAAUUCCCGGGGACAGUCACCCAGCCCUAUUGGGGUUGGCUCAGAGACCUGUAGGGAGGAAGGGGGAGAGGGCACACCUGUGAGGCAGGACUUAUCCGCUCCCCCUGGCUACACAUUCACCGAGAGCGUAGCUCGGAUCCUCAACAAGAAGCUAUUGGAGCAUGCCUUAAAGGAGGACAGGAGGCAGGCCCCCCACAGCCUUCCAAGUCUUAACAGUGACAGCCACAUGGGAGAAACAGUCAAAGCCGAGCCAGGGUCCAUCGAGGAACUACCUUGUUCCGCACUAGCUCCAUCCCUAGAACCCUGCUUCUCCAGGCCCGAGAGACCAGCAAACCGUCGCCCUCCAUCCCGUUGGGCACCACAUUCCCCCACUGCCUUGCCGACUCAGUCAGUCGAAGACCUGACCUCUUUGGAGGAUCUUGGCGAUGAGGAGCCACCCGGGGAGAAGCCACACCUGUGACAUGAUGCAGGUUUGCAUGGAUUAUCACAGAAUAAUUCACUGUAAUUUGCAUAACCACACCAUCGUCAUCAACAAAACUCUGCCCAAAAGGAGAGAUCUAGUUUUCCCAAGGUCAAAGAAUGUUUUAAAGAAAAACACAGCUGCUGAACGUUCAACCUGUGAACCUGAGAUGUUUCUAGAAUGAAACAGUAAAUGUGCCUGUAAUAACUUAAUUUUUUUCAUAGCUCAGAAAACUAUUUUUGUCUCCAUCUUUUUUACACGCAGAAUGUUAAACAAAAAGUUAAAUAAGAUAUAAAUUUUAAAACAUAAAAGUUUUAAAGAUGCACAUUUUAAGAGAUUCUGAACACCCUCGCUCUCAAUACUGACUGCCUCUCUGUUAAAUUUGCACUGUUACAUUUUGGUUGGAUUUAUUUCCAUACUGACUUAGAGUGUUUUAAGUUAAUUUUAUUUUGUCAGUGCUUUUUGUUUUUAAGAAUUCCUGAAAACUUCAGACUGUCUGAUUCCAUGAACUCUUUGUAGUGAAGAAGCCAUGAAACCAGUAGACAAGGCAGAGAUCCUGUAGCCUGGAGGGAUACGUGUCAGCAUCCUGGAAAAAGUAGAGUCCUCAGCUGGGCUUACCAAGUUCUUGUAUAAUCCACAUAUUCUACUCGACUUGCACGUCUUCGGGUUCGAAGCACUGGGGUGCAUGUACAUACUGCUACUGUGGUCUCUCCAUCACCUAAGUGAGUCGUCUAUCCCAUUGUGAUACAUUGUGAAUUCCCUCGUACUGUACUUCUGUUGUCUUCUUGCAUUGAUGAUACAACAGCAAUGGCUUUUUAAAUUAUUGUUAAAAGAUUAACUGGCUAUAUGCAGUGUUUACUCAAAAUUUUCUGUUUAAGGAAAAAUACUACAAAAAUCAUGAUAAUACCAAAUUGAAACAAAGGAUGGUGCCUCGGAGUCUGUAUGAGACGAUGAUG